AUGAUUGACGGAGCAGCUAGCAGCGAGCUGAAUUUCACCGCUUCCUUCGAGAACCUAGAUGCUUACAUAUUUUUCAUGGUCUACGGCGACCGAGGACAGGAGCUGGGACACGCUGUGGGAAAGAUUCUGCAAAGGUUUGAAAAGGAUUCCGAGGGAUGCUCCGUGCAGUUGCAGUACUUGGGUUGCAGCGACCCUUACUAUCGAUGGUACAUUGAGCAUGAGGGUGAGAGAGGAGGACUUCCCCGCAAUGCUUACCACCAUCUUUGCAGAAGGCACCACAUGAGGUGUGCCCGUGCCCUCGGCGGACAGGACACCAUCCAUAUCCAGAGGUGGACUCCUGUGUCUAGGCAGGAGGCCAAUGAUUUGCUCAAGAGUUGGGGGGGUCGAGGCUUGCCAGCUGAGCCAAGGCCUCCCGCGCGUGACAGGAAGCCGGCCGGCGACCUCAACCCAGCCCCGAAGUCAAAAGCCCGGCAAAGCCAAGGCUUGGCAAGUCUUCCUGCGCCAAAGGUUGACGAACCGCAGAAUGUGGACGAUGACGAAGAUGAGGAUGAACCAGAGGCUCGGCCACCAUUGAGGCGCAGCAAAAAGAGGGGUCCGAAGCAACGUGAUGUCGGUCACGCUGCUGCCCUUGAUGUUAUGCUAGACGAAGGCGAUGUCAACCUGGAGUCCCCUUUGAGCAGCAAGAAGGUGGACGACAGGUUGGCUCAUUUGAGGGCCAAACUGCGCGGCAAGCAGGCCGAGGCGCGAGUUGGACGAAGCACAGGCUCGGUGUUGGCUGCACGUGCUACAGAAGUCAGUCAGAAGCCGAAGAAAAAGAAGAAGAAGAAAGGGAUUCUGGAUGAGCUCAAGAAGGCACUCUCCCCCGGUGGCGGCCGGACAGAGAAAGAUGACAGCGAAGAGGACUCAGAUGAUCAGGAGGACGACCUCGUGAUUGACGAGCCAGCCUCCUCGUCUUGGCAAAACAAACGCCGGAGGCUUCGCAAGAUCGCAGAUGACAAGCCGGGCAAGCUGCUGAUGGAUUCACUACAAGGCCUGCAUGAACAGCUGGGGUCUGUAACCGGAGAGGAAGCCAGUGACAGCUUGUCGCCGGUGCUGGUUCGCUACUUGCUCACCAUGGUGGUCCCGAGCUUCCCAGGAAAGCUGCAUGGCACCGAGAAGUACCGGGAGCUGCGCACGCUGGCUCAGGCAGUGGACCUCCUGCUCAAGGGCAAGGUCGAUGCGGUCGGUGACCUUUUGGUUCAGCGCUUCAAGAGCCUCGUUAUGGGACUACGUGAUGGAACUGAAAAGUUCGGUCAUGUCUUGGAGCUCAUCCCAGAAGAAAGUCUGGGGGUGACCAGUGAUGAGGUCUUCUUUGCCCGGGAGCUGGCGGUCAAGGCGGCGAAGUCCGAGGAGUUGACGAGAUCCAUGUCGCCUCCGGCACCGAAGGACACACCCAGUCGACCACCCUUGCAGAGAAAAAGAGAUCCUUCGGCGGAGAGCGAAAAGGGAAAGCGCACGGACCGCAAAGUGUCAUUCUCGGACGAGCCUGCCAAGGUGAAGACCAUGGGCCUCCGAGAUGCGAGAGAGAGCACUCCACGCAAGCAGGGAGAAACCCGCAAGGCGUGGAAGGACAGAGUCUUCAAGACAGCCAAAGGCGAGAGGUUGCUGCAGUUGUUGGACGUUGUUCGUUUUGAGGGCCAUGCUUCGAUUCACUCUUACUUCUUAGCAGGCGUCACUGCUUUCCAGGAUUCGAGAAACAGCCGCGCCUACUUCGCGUCAGAGGGAUUUGUUACCUUUGCCUCUGCCGCCCAUAGGAGCCCAAACCACAAGAAGAGAAAGCAGAAGCAACAAAAGCUGAUCAUGGCUGGCACUGCUCAACUUUGGAGGUUUCUGGUUGUCGCUACUCUCAAUGGGGAGUAUAUAGGCUGGAAUGGCGUACUCUUCCCUCUUGGAGACAGUGCCCCAAGCUCCUCACAACAGGCGGCCCUUAGGAACAUUUCCUGCUUGGUCGAGUACUUUGUUAGAUCCCCGCUGGACUUGAGGGUAGGCCGUUGUUUCGAGGAGUUGGUCCGAAGUAAGGGUGUUGACUAUGCGGGUGAGGAGGUGUUGCACGCUUUGCCCGUGAGGCUGGGAGAGAUAUUGCCUGGUCUUCCGGCGGACAACGUGGCGGGGACCUUGAAGGCAGCGUCGGUUGCCUCAGGGGAUGUCCUGAAAUGGUUACAGAAUCCCAUGGAGUGCAUCCUGCCCGAAGACCAAUGGCCUGAUCCUUUGCCCUCCGCAUCCAUGAACUGUGAAAAGAGCGAGUGGCCGAUGAUUGCUAGAGUUCUGGUUGAAAAGCGAAUUCUGACUCCUAUCGACAGCCAGGACAUUUUUAAAGUUCGCGGAAAACCGCUGUUAAAUGGGAUCUUCUCAGUGGAGAAAAAGGGAGCGCCGGCUCCUGGACAAUGCCGCAUUACCCGGCUUAUAAUGAACUGUGUCCCUUCCAAUUCCAUUCAACGGUUAAUGACAGGGGACCUGCCUACCCUGAGCUCAUCUUCUCAAUGGACUGCUGCCUACCUCAGACCCACGCAGGUCCUGCUCUGGUCGGGCGACGAUCAGCGGGGGGCCUUCUACGCAUGGGCUCUACCCGAGGCUUGGCGACCCUUCCUUGCUUUUCGUUGGCCUGUACAAGGCAAAGAUAUUGGGUUGCCAAGUAAAGGGCUUGUGUAUUUGGCGUCUGCUGUAAUUCCUAUGGGAUGGGUGAAUGCUGUGAGUUUGUUCCAACACCUUCAUAGACAACUGGGAAUUUCGCCGGUGCCUGCCGGUGCCGGCCUCCCACAGGAAAUGGAGUGGCGCAGGGAUUGUCCCGUGCCUCUAACAGCAACAGAGAUCAAUGGAGGUUGGAUCCAGUAUUACCUAGAUGACUUUGACUGCCCUGAAUUUGUCGCGCGCAAAGAUUGGAAAGCCUUGCAAGGUACUUUGUCGGCAACUCAUCGCCGUCAGCGAGCCGCUUACGAGCGACAAGGCGUGGGCAUCUCCGAGGACAAGGCCCAUCAACGAGAGUUGAGUGUUAACCGUAUGGGAGCUCACAUAGAUGGGGAUCGCGGUUUUAUCUCUGUACCUCCAGAAAAGCUGUUAGAAGUCGGGUGGAUGUGCGCCUGGAUGUGCGGCCAAAGUUGUGCUAGCCAGAAAGCGCUUCUUAUGACGCUGGGGCGUUUAGUGCGCUGCUUCGAGUUCAGAAGGCCAUUGAUGGGUUUGCUCAACGAAGUGUGGCCUCGUGGAAACUGGUUUUUCAAGCGAAGUUUAAGAGCCUCCGCUACGCGCGAACUGAUCCGUGCUCUGUGUUGUCUGCCUUUAGCAGUUAGCUCUAUCAGGACGCCUCCUAACGGCAUGAUCACUUGUUCCGAUGCCUCUCUGUUGGGGGCUGGUCUGUGCGCCAGUGCCGGGCUUACAGAGGAAGGCAAUGCAGUUUUAGGCAAUCUUCGUGCCGGUGACGUGCCGGCCUUUCGCCCUGCAGGCGCUGCAACCUACAACAAGGGAACAGGGGUCCGAGUGUUGGCCAUGUCACUGUUCGAUGGUUUGGGUGCCCUCGUGUGUGCCUUAGCAAGGUUGCCGUGUCAAGUUGUCGGGUACGCCAGCGCUGAAAUCGACAAGGUUGUGACACUGAGUGGCUGGAUGCGGGGUGUCACUGGAACAGAGACAAACAAAGUUGGCUCCCAACGCUGUUACGUGACACGUGCAAUCACCCCUAAGCUCACAGAUGAGGAGCGUUUUGAUUUAGUUGGGAGCAUGCUUGGAGGUUCUUUGCACGUGAAUGUGAUUGCCGUGCUCAUGCACAGCUUGCUUGUCAACUAUGGGAUUCCAGAAUCCAGGGACUUGCGUGCUUUGGUUCAGGGUCAAGGGGAAGCCAGUGCCGGCUGGCUGCUGUACCCACGAUUUGUCCCUAGAUGCCUGGAAACCAAAGACACGGCAGAGUUAGUGCUGCACUUCAUCCGCCAGGCUGAGCGAGGUUGUGUGUGCUAUUGUGGCAAAGGGGCGGACAAGCAGCUUCAGGCUCAGGAAAGGGCUGUCGAAGUUGAACUGCCUGCUUCUAGCUUCAGGUCUCAUUCUGAUUGUGGGCUAUGUGAGUACAGACUCCAAUCCUUCCGAUAUUCCCUCGCGAUGGGCCGAACAAAGAUUGGGCCAACGGAAAAGCAGCGCCGGAAGCAGCAGCGGACGGGCACGACUUUGAAAGACCAAAUGGUCACAGCUGGGAUGAGGCAUCGCUACCAAAAAGCAGCAUUGGUGGUGUUGAGUUUCUUGGUGAACUCAAGCAUCCAAGUGCCGGCCUGGAGUGAUUUGGAUACGGCUGUUAGCGCUUGGGUUGAGUACGCUUACUCCGAGGGUGAGCACAAAUCCCUCGUAAGUGAUGCUCUGGCCGGGGCAGGCAAACGCACCGGGCACUCUGAGAUGGUGGUGCUCGAGUCCAGCAUCGCUUGCAAGUGGCUUAAGAAGGCAUGUUUCUCGAGACCCAAACACGCCUUGCUGCUUGAAAGGGGUCAGACCUUCUUUCGCAAGCUAUUUCAUGCGUUAGUCGCGUUCUUUGAAGUGGAAGGUUUGAUGAAUGUUUACUCUUUGCGCCGAGGGGGUGCCACAUGGGACUUUCUUCGCCACUCUAGUAUGGAGCGCACGCUUCUGCGUGGACGUUGGGCCAGCACCAGCACGGCCAGGAUCUACCUCCAGGUUGAAAUCUUGACGGCCCUUGGCCAGUUUGGAAAAGUGAAGGAUGCCAUCUUUCAGCCAUGA